AUGGCAUUAGUAAUGGUGUUCUUGGUUGAGAAAAAUGAGAAAAUGACGGUGUUGAAGGCUUGGGGUAAUUAUGGGAGUGGUUUCGCUGAGUUUGGUUCUUUUUUUAACGAUGAUUGUCGUAGUGUGAAUGAAGUGAAAAAUAAUGUUUGCAAGUGGUCUUGGGUGGGCAAGGGCUGUUUGUGUGCUGUGGAGGACCAGGGGAAAUGCUGGGCGUGUUGGGCUUUUGUCGCGGCGGAAGCCAUCACGGCUUUAUACCACAUUAAGUUGAAAGAGAAGAAACCUCUGUCAAAGCAGCAAGUUAUCAAUUGCCUCUUUUCUAAAACCAAGGAGCCGAAAAACCUUAAAUACUGCGAGAAAACAAGAUGCUUUUGUAGUCAUUACAACAAAUACUACAAAUAUGCAAUGGAGGAAGGUAUCUACUCUGAUAGGGUGUGUCCCUAUUUUGCCAAAAGGAAAAAGUGCCGUUGCGAUAAGAUAAAAACUGAGGAAAAAACUAAAAUCACGGGGUUUGAUAAGGUUGAGAAUCUCAACUUGGACAAAGAAGGGAUUGAAAAAUUAAUUGAGGAGCAACCCUUAAGUGGCUGUAUGGACUAUGUGGAGAGCUUUAGGCGCCAUAAGGGAAAGGAAAUUUACACGGGUCAAGCUGAAUGUGACAUCAACCCUGAAACCUUACUUAGAGGUGCAAGUGAGCCAACUGAAGGGCGUCACGCUGUGUUGGUUGUGGGCUAUGGUGUUGAAAAUGGGAUUGAGUAUUACCUCAUAAAGAACAGUUGGGGCGUAAAUUGGGGUUACGGGGGGUAUGCUCGGGUUGAGAGGAGCCUUGUUAUGGGCUUGUCUUUCCCGAAGCUUGAUUAG